CCCGGAAACGAGUGGAUAGAACUCGAAAUGUACUCGAUCGAAACCCCAUAUAUACAUACAUACAGACCAUUCUGUUAUAACACUCGAGAAGGCACGUAAAGAUCUGAUCUGCUGCAGCCAUGGAAAGCACCGAUUCGUCGGCGGCGGCCGUCCGCCGGCAGCCGCUACUUCCGCCGGGGUUCCGCUUCCACCCGACGGACGAGGAGCUGGUGGUGCACUACCUGAAGAAGAAAGACGCCGCCUCCCCUCUCCCCGUCGCCAUCAUCGCCGACAUCGAUAUCUACAAAUACGAUCCAUGGGAGCUUCCAGGUCCGUACAAUCAUAUAUAUAUAAAUAUAUAUCUAUAUGUAUCUAUAUCUGUGUGUGUUUCAGAGAAGGCUAUAUUUGGGGAGCAAGAGUGGUAUUUCUUCACGCCGAGGGACAGGAAGUAUCCGAACGGGGCGCGGCCGAAUCGGGCGGCGACGUCGGGCUACUGGAAGGCGACGGGUACGGACAAGCCGGUGAUGGCGGCGGGCGGCGGGCAGAAAGUCGGCGUUAAGAAGGCGCUAGUAUUCUACGGCGGGAAGCCGCCGAAAGGGAUAAAAACGAACUGGAUCAUGCACGAGUACAGGCUCCCGGACCAGAGGUCCGGAAUCGCUCCGGCGGGCUGCGGCGAUUAUGGCCACCGGAAGGGGACCUCCUCCUUAAGGCUUGACGAUUGGGUUCUGUGUCGGAUUUACAAAAAGAGCAAUGCACAAAUUAGGGCAGCUGUGGAUCAUCACGGUCAGGACGAAAUCUGCAGUACAGUAGGAGCUUCGAUGAGUUAUUGUACGGUAGGGGAGCACCAUACGACGCCGUUUCGUGAUGAUCCGAACUCGACGACGAUGAUGAUGUCUGAGAAUAUCAAUUGCAAUUACAACUACAUACCUCCGACGAGGCACGUGAGCACCACGUGGAGCUGGAACAACGAGGAAUCUGAAGACGAAAAUAAUUCUGCAUUGUCUACUGCUGGAUUGUUCUUCCUCCAGGCUGCAGAUCGGAAUCAGAAUCAGAAUCUCCUCGGAAGGCCGCCGCCGGCGACGACGACGAUGACGAUGGUGCCAGAGCAGGGAUAUGACGAUGUUCAUCAUCAUUAUCAACAACAACAGGUGCUGGGCAUGAAUUGGUACCCUAAUUAGUUAAUUAAUGUCUGCAAAUUUUGGUCGUCAUCGUCGUCAGGAUCUCAUCUGGACUGGAAUGGAGGCUUAAUUAGGUUAAAAUAAUUAAAUUUGGGAAUGGAGUGAAGUUACGUUUGUGAAUGUAAUUAGGGGAAAUUAAGCUAAGGGAUUGUACUGUACGUCGUCGUUUUGGGUUUGUGUUGCAUGCUAGCUAAGCUAAGCUAAUAUAAUAUAAAUAGCUUGGUAUGUAUGUAUUGUAUUGUAUGUAUGUGUCUGUACAGCUAGCUAGUGGUGUCUCAAACAAACAAUUAAUCCAAAAUCAAUGCUCAGAGAAAUUAAUUACUUUCC